ACAGGAGGGCCAAACGGGCGACUUGGGAGGCACAAGACGCGGGCACCGUCUAAACUCGUAUCCGUCAGAUACGCGGAUAGCCAAAAUUAAUAGUAAUAAUCAAACCGCUGCGUGAAAUAGCCCCCCAUUCACCAUUCACCAUUCACCCGCACCCGAAAGCACCUCCUCUCUGAUUUUGCAAAAAAUAAAUAAUAAGCACGAAUUAUUCUCGAAAAUCGUUGUAUCUGUGUAUCGGAGAACCGAAAAGAGGCCGUCGUUUGGCGCUCUCGCAUCUCAGCUGCCAGUGGGCGAAAGACGCAACUGCUGCGACCUUGCAAUGCCCUUGAAUGACACUCUUAUUGCGACCAAGUCGCCAACGUUGCCACUCCAACGGGCGCUGCUGCCACGGCUGCCACUCAGCGCUGGCAAAAAUACACAUAAUUAUUAAUAAUAACACAAUAAUAGUAGCUUUAUCACAGAAAAACAUAACAGAACGCUGCGCCGAAUAAAAGUGAAAAUUUUAUUGAAGUCGAAGAACUUUCGCGUGCCUUCGUGAAAGCCGAAAACGGAAAGCCCCGACGGAUUUGACAUCAAAGCUUUAACCCAAACCACAAGAUGUGCUAAAAUAAUUCGAAAUAAUUGACCAUUAAAAGUAUUCCCGCCCAAAUAAGGAAAUUCUAUCAAAUUAAAGCAAACAUAUCCGCGAUCCGAAAUCUGAAAUAAUCUGAAAUAAGUGUUAUCUAACUGCGCCCCUGGCGGCCUGUGCGUGUGUGUGUGCGGCGAGUGAAAGUGAAAGUUCUCGGCAGCGAAUAUCCUUCGGUAACCUUUCACCAUCAUUGGGUCACCUCCUCCGGCAUCGCAGCCUAAACGACGGCAGGGCACGCGAAUACGUACCUACAGGCCCACCAGCGUAUAUAGUAAAUAUACCUAUAUAGCCAAAAUCGGUGUAUGUGGGCGAUAUUUAUGCCACGACUUUUGACAAGCAAUUCUUUUUAUUGCUUCGCCGACGAGCGCGAGUAGAACGCUGGCAAAGGCCAAAAAGGGAACGCCUUGGAACCAUAUUAAAACAUCAGAUAUUCCGCAGAUCGGACGUAAAUGAACGAUCCCGGCGAUAUACCACUGACACACACGAGCACUCCGGACAGCAGGCCGCCCUGCAGCAUCAUCUCCAUCAUACCCACCAUAGGGAUGUCCUCAUGUCGCGGAAGAGCCGAGGCAUUCGCACGGAGUCUGUCCUCCAAGCUGCGCACCUUGGGAUCCCAGACAACCGAGGAAGGCGAGGGCAACGCGGAGGACGAGCCAAUCAUAAAUGGAACCAGCACGAACACGUGGGUCAACUCCCACGACUCGGAGCAGACGGUGACGGACCUGCAGCCACUGCGCCAUGAGUCCGACUCCUUCUUCGACUUCGACUGCGAGCUGGAGUCGCCGGGGAGUCCUGUGGACGAGUGCGAGUACCUGCGCCUGAUCGAAACUGCCUCGAAUACGCCGCACAACUCCACGGCGGAGUCGGGCUAUGCCUGCGCUUCAAUGGCCAGCAGCCACAGUAGCAGCAAUGAUGGUCCGUACUUCGACGCAUCCGCAUCCGCUUCCACAUCCACAGCUGCAGCUGCCCAGGACCAGACGCUGCCAGCCUCGGAACUCAAGGAGUAUGUGAACACACUGCAACUGAACGGAAGGCAUGGACUAACCAAUGGAGUGCAGGAGGAACAGCCAGCUGGCCAGGAUGCGGUGCAGGAGGACGAGGCCUUCUUGCAGGCGCAGAUCCUCAGUGAGCUCCAGAAGCACAGCUUCAGUUUGAGGGAGGUGGAGCAGACAAAGAACGAGGAGGUUAAGCUCAGCAAUGGGCAUCUCGGGGAGGUGGAGGAGCUGGAACUGAAGGAAGUCCUGGACGUAGCUGGUACUACAAACAGAGCUCCACCGGUGAUCGCUGCUCCGGAAGAAGAGGAAAUCUGCCCUGACAGAACCGAAGAGGAAUCACCUAAUGAAAGAGUUCAAAAAGAAAGCUCCCAGGAAAGGGUGCUAGAAGAAACCCCAUUCGAAGGAGUUCAAGAUGAAUCCCUAAAUGACAGAGUCCAAGAGGACGCGUCCGAUGAAAGGGUUCAAGAGGAAACGUCCGACGAUACAGUUCACGGGAAAUCCUCCCACACAUCAGCCACAGAAUCCAUCCUCACCGAGGAAACCUUCCCGGAGAGAUCCCCAGAGGAAAGCAGGAUUGAUGAACUCUCGCCCGACAGUGGUGUGGAUGAAACAGACAAAUCGGCCAGUAAUCUCACCGUAAACGUGGACCUGGCCCAAAUUGAACAGGCCAAACAGGAUGCCACCGAGGCUGUGGAGAAAAGUUGUGCCCCCAGUCGGGGUACCACAGUCGAUACCACUGAUGAUGAAGACGACUGUAGACCCCAGCGCAUCCGGCGUUGUUCCUCCCUAAAAACGGGAAAGACUCCACCCGGAACUCCGGGUCGCAAGAAGAUCGUAAGGUUCGCCGAUGUCCUUGGCCUGGAUCUGGCCGAUGUGAAGACCUUCCUGGACGAGAUACCCACCAUACCGAAGUCGGCGUUUGAGGACCUGGAGAUCCUAGAGUCGGAGCCGCCCCUUCAGCUUGGCCCCAAGUCCGACAAGCUACUGAUGCCUCUGUUCCAGCAGCCAGGAGGCCUGCCCAAGUUCCUCGAUGCGGUCCGGGAAAAGCAGGUGUCCCUGGAGAACGCAGCCGUGACAGACAACAUCAACCAGACGAUAUCCGGAUCGGUGCGCGUGCGCAAUCUGGACUUUCACAAGUCCGUGCACAUAAGGUACUCGCUGGACGGAUGGAGGAGCUACGCCGACCUGCAGGCCAACUACGUGGAGAACUCCUGCGAUGGCUUCUCCGACAUCUUCACCUUCGUGCUGUUCGGGAACUCGCUGCACGUGGGCCAGAGGCUGGAGUUCGCCGUAAGGUUCCAGUGCAAGGGCCAACAGUUCUGGGACAACAACUACGGGGCCAACUACUGCUUCCAGUGUUUGCCCAGCUCGACACAUACCGCCGGCGGCACCACGGCAUCGCCUCCGUCUGUGGCGACUGGCGCCGUAUCCACCGGCCAUGGUGCCAGUCUGGUCGGAAUGCUAAGCCCCACGGCGGGCGAUGCGUGGUGCAGCUCCUUCUACUAACUGGUGGCGAUGGGCCCGCACUUAAGGCACUGGCAUCCCGUCUAGAAUCCAUCCCCCCUCCAUGCCCAAUCCAACGACACGACACCAAGAUCUGGGAAAGUUUCCGGGCCUUGACGUGGUGUCUACGUCCCAGUAAGAAAUCAAAUCCAAGCAGUCCCAAAUGGCCGCCCAGUCAGAGAUCACAGAUCAGAAUACCAACCUUCAUGGGGCUAGCUCUUCUUUGGGGUGAUUGGAUUGUUCGCUAGAAAAUCCAUAUGGAACCAGGUAUUUUUUUGGCAAUUCUUUACGUUACGUAUCAAGAUCUGAAACUAAGUUGGAAUGACAUUUUCAGUCAAAGGCAGAUUAAGAUUGGAUAUUUUGCAACUUAACAGCUGAUUUAAGCAAGAACUAUCGUACGAAAUGUCAAGAAAUUACAUUACCCCCGCAAGAAUAUUUCGGUCCCCGCACAUCGAUAAAUCGAACCACCCCACCCUUUCAAGGAAGGCAAACAUUGUUUAUAUUUUUAUAGAAUGGAAAAGAUUGAAGGGUUAGUGAAAGGGAGAGAAGAGGAGCUGAAAGAGCACCACAAAACCUAGAGAAUCAAACCAGAGUAGUGCGAACAAGAACAAAAGCCAGCAAGGUUCGAAUGAAUCCCAAAGAUAGUUGUUAGUCGUAUGUUAUAAGAAGAGCAAGUGAUAACAAACUCAAACUCAGAUCAGUUUCUUCAAUGUCUUCUUCUGUUUUUAGUUACUUUCCCAAUUUUUAUUUGGUUUGUUCCUAGGUUUGUUUGUUGCGAAAGCGAUUGCCGGUUGGAUCGGGUUUAUAAGAUUGUGAUUCUGCCAGAUAAUGUAAUUUGAAAAAAUCCGUUUUGUGAAAAGAUUAAUUCCCCUUAAUCUUAGUUCAGCAGCAGUUUUGAAAAGUUUCUCUGUGGGCGUCAGUCCACAUUGUGAAAUAUGAGUUUUGCACCAUUUUCAUACGUUUUGUUCGGUAAAAGCAGAUCACUUUUAGCCUUGCUUAGGUCCGUUAGAACACAGAGACCAUGUCAAAAGUUAACUACAACUAACCAACAUCCAAUAUCUAGUCAACUCGAGUUUACUUUUGCUACCUUUUGACUAUUUACAGUCCAAAGGAUAUACUCUCAUCCCAUGAUAUUUGUAGCCCGAUCGGCAAUACCCUUUCGACCAUCAGACAGAACAGACAAACCUUAACUUUUAUUUCUCUUGAAUGUUGAUAUUCUUGUAAUGUUUGAUUUUUGAUAUGCUUUAAUUUUAAUUUAAACGAUUUAAAUAUUUUCUAUGUAUAUGUUGAUGCGUAAUACAUCUAUCGUAAUAUUAUAUAAAUAUAUAUACAAAAUAAAAUAAAUAUAAACUUUAGUUAUUCCUUUUCUGUUUAUUCUUUCAAUUAUCUAUGUUUUUUCUGAAUAAUAUUCUGAAUAAAUACAAUUCGAGCUCUUCUUAUCCACACCAGAACCUGAAAUAGCCUAUAUCAGGGAUAAACAAGCGAAUACCUACUUAUAACAAUUAAUUGCAAACGCAACUACCUCAAGGUUUUCCGACCGAAAACACGAAAAAGAGAGAAUAAUAGUUAAACAAAGUACAUAUAUGAUUAAACAAAGAAACUAUUGAAAACUAUUAAAUAUGUUUAUUGCAUAGCAAACAUGUGUAAAACUAAAGCAAAACAAAAACAACAAAUAAAACGAACUUUAAAAGUUACAACUAUUUACAUAUGUAUGUUAACACAGCAGAAACUUCACAAACAUUACUAAAGUCCCCCGAAUCCAAAUGACUUAGACUGAAGCGUGAGUAUUUCGCGAGAUACGCGAAAAGUGUUAUGAGAUCUGCCCAAAACCUGUUGAUUUGUUGAGGUUUGUGUGGGCGGGGCUUUUGUCAGCAUGAGUUCCACUUCACACUAACAAAAGAAUAAUAAAGAACCCAAAAUAAAAUGAAAUUGUGAACAGACAUUUCUAGCAUGUCUCGAAA